GGCAGAUUUCGUCUUCAUCUUGGAGCCUUGCGCAUGUUGAACGCUUCAUCACCUCAAACAAACAACAUGGAGACUAUCAUAGACCCUUUCAGCCAGAUACUCUGGCAAAAUCCCUCAAUACUGCCGUCAGAAAGGGUCCUGCCUGUCGAGGAACAAGUCAGGGACCAACUUGAUCGGAACGAAAACAGGUUCCCGACUUUCCUGGCACAUGUCUCAUCUCUCGAAAAGAAGGGACGGAACACAGAAACUGUUUUUAUCGACGAGUAUAUCCAAGGAUUCACUGAGAGAUCAUUCAUUGAUCGCGGCGCAACCUUCUCAGUUGAACGAGCCAUCGCGAUCCCAAACCCUCAAACAAUCAGAUCCGCGCCUGCAGUCAUCCGCCAAAAACGUGUCGUGGCUUUGAAAACAGUUCGAAUUCAAUCUCAGUCCGACGAGCUACCCAAAGCAGGUUGGGACCAUGUAUUGCUCGAAAUCCGCGCUCUUCUCCACGAGACACUUCGCUAUCAUCCGAAUAUUGUGCGCCUUAUCGGCCUAUGCUGGGGCCCGAACGGAUCAUCCGGAAAUAUAUAUCCUCAACUUAUUAUCGAGCAUGCAGAGCACGGAACUUUAGAGGACCUGCAGAGUAACUCAAAAUCACCACUUGCAUUCGCUGUCAAACAGAAAUUGCUGUACGAUGCGGGGAAAGGCCUAUCUAUCAUUCAUGCUUGCAGCAUUAUUCACGGCGACAUCAAGCGCCAAAAUGUCUUGAUCUUCGCAGAUAAAUCUAGUCAUGGCCCUUUUAUGGCCAAAUUGGCCGACUUCGGAGGUGCUGUCUACGGCUCUGAAAAAUACGACUCUUAUCGCUUCAUCUGCAAGACACCAAGAUACGCAGCACCGGAAACCGACGGCAUUGUCACAGCCGAGGCCGCAAAACUAUGCGAUGUCUAUUCUUUCGGUCUACUUGUCUGCGAAACAUUUGCAGAUGGGGACUUGACCAGUCUUCAUUAUGAGUUUAAUCCUAGGCGAGAGUUGUCGGGUUCAUCGGUGACAUUGGCUCAACUUAAGGAUUCUGGUCGUCUUUUACACAGAGCGACGUCUAUGAUCCAGGAUUAUUUCGAUAUGCAUGAAGUUGAUCAGACUUGUGUGGAAAUGGUUCAAUAUGUUCUUGAACAGACCAUACAAAAGAACCUGGCAGAUAGGUCUUUGGCCAAGGCGCAGGUUGCUCUGAGAGGUAUCCCUCUUUCUGAGGUUGAAGAUUACCUGAGCAACGUCGCGCAAAUGAAUCGGAAGUGGAAAGAAGUCGAAGACAACGAACCUCCUGGAAAGCAUGGCAUGAGUGCAGAUGGCGCUGGACUAUUCUUAGGCACUGUAGGAGCUACAUAUGAUCCGCAAAACAACACCCCCGGCUUUCGGCCCAUAGUCAAGGUUCCCGUAAACCCAGGGUUCGUCUUUGAGCCCGAGAAACUCAAGAAGGUCUUGUCAUGGCAACAACAAGAACAUAUUCUCCAAGCCCUCCAAGCUAUUUCAAAUUCUGGUGAUCGAAGUCGCGAUGUCGAGCUACAUAAGCUAUUCGCAGCUUGGUUUCUCUUCAGAUGCCAUAUCGCCGAGUUUGGAACCUCCCUCGACCCCGAGAAAGCGUGCGCGGCUCUUCGAAGAGCGGCAAGUGAUGCAGUGACAGGAUCAGAUGAUUCAAGCGGCUUCGAAUAUCUCGCUGCAUCAUGUCUAUGGCGCGUGAGCCAGGCCUUGGGACAGACACCACCCGAACUGUUAGAAGCUUUACCUUCUUGUCUUACAUGGGCUACUUUACGGGGAGGUUGGCAGGCUGGCCAAGAUCUUCAGGAUGCUCUGCCACUAUUGAGUGACGAAUUGAGAGAUAACGCCACCCAAGCAAACUUGACAGCACGGAAGCUUGCCAAUUACUACAGCGGCGUUCCUGGCUCCCUUGCAUUCUUGCCGCGACAUUUGAGAAAGGAUUUUCAAAUCGACAAUGCUGAGCAACUUCAACAAGAGCUCAAAGAGGAGCUUGGAGAAGCGUAUGAGCUGUCUCUGAAGGUCUCGGCCUCAGCAGUUGAAAUUGUUCAAGUGAAUCAUUUCGAUAGAAUCUUUGUCAACAGCCGCGGGCAUGGAGUCCUACACAUGGCAGCAGCCCGCGGACAAGCCAAGACAAUUGACCACCUCAUCAACACGUUCAAGCUGAAUAUCGACCUUCCGAACCAGGACUGUGAAGAAACGCCGUUAGUAUGUGCUUGUCGUAAUGCGCACUUGGAGGCGUCUCUGGCGCUCCUUAGACAUGGCGCGGACCCAAAAGGGCAUCCUUUGGGACAAGAUACUCCUCUUCACUGGCUAUGGAGGUUUGAAAAAGACGAGAUGAUGCCAAUGGCGAAAGGUCUACUGGACGCUGGAGCUCUGAUCGAUGCCGCGUCGGGCGGUAUGAGAGCUGAAGUUCUUAAGGCGUACGCCGACUGGGAGGGUACAAUGUCUAUCUCCACCACACCUUUGGGUCGAUGUGUUUUAUUCCAGAGCACCCAUGCUGCUGAAGUCCUCAUAGGACUGGGAGCUGAUCCUAUGGUUCAAGUCGAUGGGAAGUCGCCUAUUCAGCUUGCCGCCAUGCUAGCAUUCCCCAAAUUUCUCCGACUAUUCUUAAGUCAAGAUCAUGCAGAAUCGAGAGUCUCGGGCUUGUUCAAUGGUUUUGACGAUCUGACUCUUUUGAAGAUGAUUCAAGAGCAAAAGGUUGGCAACCGAGAUACGUUUUCGUUACUCAGCCGACUCAUUAGAAAUGGCCCGAGGUAUCGUUCUGAUGUCGAGGAAACGUUCGCCAUUUUCAAGGAGCAGAGAGAACUACUUGGUAACACCGCCUCAAGCAGUGGACACUCUGGUGAAGCCUUGUGCAUGCAGAUUCGACUUGGGAAUCGUGAUAUUGUUGAGGCGUUACUAAAAAUGGGUCAUAAUCCCUCCGGCUCGCCUGACCAUCGACCCAUGCGCGAAGCGAUCCUGCUCAAUGAUGAGAGAGUGUUUCGAUUGUUGAGAGACCAUGGCGGCGAGAUCGAAAGUUAUCCUGAAUGGCCGCGUACAUUACUUCACGACCUGGCUGCGAGACAGGCUUCAUCUCCCCCAGGAACUGUCAUAGCGCAAGAGCUUAUAGAUUCCGGGGUCUCUGUUCAGGAUCAUCCACCAGGUACUAGACCGCCUGUUCUCGAGGCUAUCUUACAUGGGUACUUUGACCUAGCGAACCUUCUGAUCCAGCAUGGAGCGCAAAUCGGCAGCCCAUACCAGCUGGGACCUGAGCUUCCACGAAUUUCCAUCUUCAAGGAGUUGCUUGAACAAAGAACAGAGAUGUCGCUGUCAAUCCUCAAGUCCCUGCUGAGACCAAACGACAUAGCAGCUGAUCCCGGCCCUCUGCUACACCACAACGAGCAGUUCGACUUCAUCGUGGAUCACAUCGGUGACCCUGAAGAACAACAAAGCGCUUGGAGUAUCCUUGCAACUUCACCACCAGCACGCAAGAACGUAGUCGAAGCGGAAAUCUACAUGGCUCAAGUCCAAUGCAUGCUUUCAGAGAAUUCACCCUUCGCGAGCAAAGAGUGCAUAAACUUUGAUCACCCAAAAUUCGGCACCGCCUUGUGCCGUGCCGCGUUGUUUCAAAACCACUUCCUAGUUGGAAAGCUUCUCCUUAGCGGCGCUGAUCCCAAUAUCAGAUUCCGUCAAAACUUUGGACCAGCACAGAGAUACUUCGGCGACGGGUCACCAGUCAAUCUAGCGCUAGGUUGCUAUGAAGUUGCUCUGGAAGGUUGGAGUGAGACAGUGCCAGAUACUAUGCUUGAAGACAUGCGAAGCGUCAUUAACGAAUUAGAGUCUAUCCCGGACUAUCCGGAGGAAGCAAUCAGUCGAGGAGAGACUCUCAGAAAGCGGCAUGAGGAUAUUUUGCGACUGCGGAAUGAUACCCUGGCUAUGCAGUCGCAGAUGGCUAAUAUGAACAUUCAGCAAGGUCCAGUUGAUCUAUCAAGUAUGAGCGCGAUACAAGCACCAGAAGUGGAUGAGAGUCAGCGGGAGAUGUUUGAGGCUACAGAGACAAUUAUUCGGUGGAUGUUUGACUCUCAGCGGUAUGGGACAAUUGGACGAGCGGAAAUGGCUAGGAUAGCAGAAGGGGAGAAUGCAUAGUUUGUCUAUCAAUCAAGAUACUUCAAAUAGGUUAGUAUACACACUUGUACUCUAUGUGCUGUUAUCAGUCUAUACCCCGAUAAGAACUUCGCGUGACUCAUAGUAGCACUCACCCACCAUCGCAACAAAAGUUCUAGCUUCCUAUCUCGACCACAAUCUCAAAGAAUUCGGUACUUCAAGAUGCGGGGAUGCCUUGUUUCUCGUAUUGAUGGUUGCCACGUGAAUUGCUUCUGCCGGGCUAUCUCCUCAAAAGAGAACAUGCAUUGCAACCACACUCGAUCGGUUAAAUGGCUGAUAUCUCGAAUCGGUAGGAUUUCCGUAUGCGAGAUACCGUCAGAGGGUCAAGGUGCAUAUUCUUGGCUCAUUUGGGUAAUGCCUCGGUUCUGCUGUAUAUAACUACCUGUAAAUAAUUGAAAUAGAC